AUGGUUUCCAAACAAUUUGAGAUUGUAUGUCAUUAUUCUCCAGAACAGAUCUUUUUAUCAGACUCCGACACUCCAUUCAGGAAGUUUGAACACAUCCUUGAACACAUAUGGGGUCAUGGGGGUUGCAUCCUUAACAUUAUUCAAGGAAAAUUAAGUUGUCUGAAUAGAAACGGGUGGUAUGGGAAAAUUGGAGAGCAGAAGCUACUCGGCGGAGUGUGCUCUAACUGGCCCUGGAAAUUUGGCCCUAACUGUGUGGAGAGGGUAUACGUACAUCGGCCAGUUGGGCAGCCACCACUGUUCGGAAAGGUUGUGUUCCGAUCAGUACUCAUGCCGGCGCUGGUCCUUGAGGGCAAGGAUUUGCAAAAGUAUCUGGUAGAUGGUUAUCCGAUAUGGUGCAAAAAAUAUGACAGAAAGAAGGCUCAGCAAAGUAGACAAUUAGAACCCUAGUUAGUUUUGAAAAUUAAUUUUAUCAUCUUGAUUGUUGACUGGCUAGUUUUGUGCGAGGAAUAAUUAGUGGGAUCGAUCGAUAUUAGAUUACUUUAAGAUUUUUUUGUGACCAAUUUUCUGGUCACUUCUUAUGGGAUAUGGAUUAUGUGAAUGGUAUUGAGGAUUUAACUUGUAGAAUUCGCUUUAUGAAAUGUUCAUAAAAUAGAUUUGAGCAGUUGCAAUGUAUGUUGUCCA